CUUCGCGCGGCAAGUAUUUUGUGGACGAAUUUAUCGAUGUCUUCAUGGCAACGAUGCGACUCGGCGAUGCGCACCGCCGUCUAGCAUGGCGAUGCCCCCCGCAGCGACCACCCAGGGAUGGUGCUCGCCGAUAAAACGUGAACCCAAGUCCCGGAGAUUGGCGCUCAUGCUAGGCUCGCUGCUCACAGCUCUCCUCCUGCUGCUGAUUCACUGCCUGGCCAACACGCCGCGUGCCACUUCCCGCCGGGCAGCGGCGGAGGAACAGGAGUUCAACUCCCGGAGGAGGCUCGAGUGGACCGGUGAGGAGGAAGCGGCGGGGUACCCGGCUUUUAGGCACUACUCAGGGGCGCUCACCGACAAGCUGUCGGUGCUGAAAGCACCGCAUGAAAGGGAGGAGACUGCUGGCAUCCUACCGGUGGGCAGGAAGGUGCCACCGAGGCUCGCAGGUAGACUCAGCCCCCUCGGGGAGGGCACCAAGAAGCUUCCCCAGGCGCUCAUAGUCGGCGUGAAGAAGGGUGGCACUCGGGCUUUACUAGAGUUUCUAAGGAUCCAUCCAGAUAUCAGAGCCGCUGGGGCAGAGCCGCACUUCUUCGACCGAAACUAUGACAAAGGCCUGUUAUGGUACAGGGAUUUGAUGCCCAAUACCUUGGAGGGCCAGAUUACCAUGGAGAAGACCCACAGCUACUUUGUGACCAAAGAGGCGCCUGCCCGCAUCUCAGCCAUGUCACGGGACACCAAGUUGAUCGUAGUAGUGCGUGACCCUGUCACCCGGGCCAUCUCGGACUAUACCCAGACACUGUCAAAGAAGCCGGAUAUUCCAUCCUUCGAGAGCCUAACUUUUAAAAACAGGACGACGGGCCUCAUCGAAACGUCGUGGAGCGCCAUCCAGAUUGGCAUCUAUGCCAAACACCUGGACAACUGGCUGCAACACUUUCCUAUGAAGCAGAUCCUGAUCGUGAGCGGCGAGCGACUCAUCAGUGACCCGGCCGGCGAGCUGAGCCGUGUGCAAAAUUUCCUGGGCCUCAAGAGCAUCAUCACUGACAAACACUUCUACUUUAACCAGACCAAGGGGUUCCCGUGCCUCAAAAAAGCCGAGGGCAGCAGUAAGCCCCACUGUCUUGGCAAAACCAAAGGGCGCACCCACCCCGAGAUCCGCCCCGAAGUGGUGCGCCGCCUCAGAGCUUUCUACCGACCUCUAAACAUGAAGUUCUACCAGAUGACGGCACACAACUUUGGCUGGGAUGACUGAAUGUAGCAAGACAUGACUUGCCUCAGUAUGGGUGGACUAUCAGGGAAAAUAAUGAGGGAAUUACAGUACAAUCGCACUUACCGACUUAAGUUCUAUUUUCUUUAUUUUGAAGGAAUCAGCUGAAGCUGAAUGUUAAAUGGAUCCACGAGUAUAAAGACUUGUAGGCUCUAAUAAGCCACAAUUGUUCCCUUAUACAAAAAUAAGUUACUAUAAAACACAUAAAAUACUGCCAUUGAUUUAAAAAUCGAUAAUCUUUAGUACAUGUUUUGACCUAAGGAGGGCGCCAUGUUUUACGCGCGCAAUGCACACUGAAGGUGUUGACGCGGUUGGAGGGUGCUGGGAGAAUAGCUGUGUUUCAUACUAGCAAAGCUACUAUGACGACCGGCAUGAUUUUGUUACAUUCUGUUGCUGGUCAGAUUGUUUUCUUACAGAGUUGUGGGAUGACAUCGUACCUGCAUGCAAUUCCAGCUCAUCAGCAGGGUACAGUAUUAGACCGAUCCUAGGCAGGUUGCCGAGAUAUUGACUUGCUGCCAUUUGACAAUUUGUAUUUUCGAGCCCUUCAUGUCUAGUUGCCUCCUUGCCGUGGUGUUUAAGUUUUAUUGUGCUGUGAUGCACUGGCUAGCUGCAAAAAUAAUCAAGCUGCUGUGUUUCCCUGUAUAUAUGUAAAGCACACAACAGCUCUGGAUGCUAACAAUCUCGAUAAUUAUAUUGGAGUAAGUAAUCACACAAUAGUUUACCGUGAAGAUCUGCAAACGAAAACUGUUCUUGACAGCAAUACUCUCCCGCUCCGUCACUAGAGCAGGAGGGUGUUUGCUGUCACUGUCACGAGACUUAGUACAUGAACACUACCGGUUUUGUCCUACUCUCCUCUCAUCCGUCUUUCCUGUUCAGUUUGCUUUUGCUGCUUGUUUUGUGAAAUAUCGACAGUGCUUUUCUGCUCAUUAAUGUUCGACUUGGGUUCAAAUUGAAAGGGCUGAACCGAUGACAUGUUUAUGUCGCUAAGGAGUCAUACCCUGAAAGCCCGGCAGCGCCACCUGUUUACGUCACUGCCAAGGUUGCAUUGCGACGUCAACAACAAUGGCGACCUACUAGUUGAAAACGUAAAACGUAAAGAGGGUUUUAAUAUCAAAUUAUUAUAACUCAUACUAACAUUUAUAUUUUAAGAGCUACAAGUCUUUAUAUCCGUGGAUCUCAAAAUAUUUAGAUCUUGAUUUCUUGAGUCAAUUCAAGUUAGCUUUACAUAUUGGACAAAAAAAUCGAACUGAAUAUACAAUCUAUAAUACAGUA